UUCUGGUCCGGUGCCGGCGAGGUCCGCGGUGGCGGCGGCGGUGGCGGCGCGGGUCGUAACGGCCGUCGCGGUCGCCGAGAGGACGGUGCUGCUGGGGGGGGGGGGGGGGUUUCUCUGGCGUUACGUCUUUGCUUCUGUUUCUCUCUCUCUCUCUCUCUCUCUCUCUUCGCGGAGGAGGCGAAUCGCAUUUACGGCUCGCGGGCUGUGAGUAUUUCUCCGCGGCGAUUGUUUUGCGGUUACAUAAGGAGGCGUACGGACGGACAGACGGACGGAGGGAGCUAAGCUUCUAGGGGACCUUUCGUCUGUGAUUUCGCCGGCCGGCGGGGGUGCAGCUUCGGAGCCGUUGACCCAGGCGGGGCUCAGAUGAUGGCGAAUCGAGCUGAAGGUUGUGGAGGCGGAGGCGGCGGAGGAGGAGUUGAGGACCUCUAUAUGGAGCUGUGGAAGGCCUGCGCGGGGCCGCUGGUCGACGUCCCUCGCGGAGGAGACAGGGUCUACUACUUCCCACAAGGACACAUGGAACAACUGGAGGCAUCGACAAAUCAGGAACUGAACCAGAGGAUUCCGCUCUUUAGCCUCCCUUCCAAAAUUCUUUGCCGGAUUGUGCACGUUCACCUCCUGGCGGAGCAAGAAACAGAUGAGGUUUAUGCACAGAUUACUCUGAUUCCAGAAGGAAAUCAAACAGAGCCUACCAGUCCUGAUCCAUGCGCUCCAGAACCUACAAGACCGAGAGUUCAUUCUUUCUGCAAGGUUCUAACUGCCUCUGAUACCAGCACACAUGGUGGCUUUUCUGUUCUCAGGAAACACGCCACCGAAUGUCUUCCCCCAUUGGACAUGACCCAGUUAACCCCAACCCAGGAGUUAGUUGCCAAGGAUCUUCAUGGAUAUGAAUGGAAAUUUAAGCAUAUAUUCAGAGGUCAACCUCGAAGGCAUUUGCUUACUACAGGAUGGAGUACGUUUGUCACAUCGAAGAGAUUGGUUGCUGGUGACUCGUUCGUGUUCUUAAGGGGGGACAAUGGCGAAUUGCGUGUUGGAGUGAGACGAGUUGCUCGUCAGCAGAGCAGUAUGCCUUCCUCAGUGAUUUCGAGUCAGAGCAUGCACCUUGGAGUCCUUGCGACUGCCUCUCAUGCUGUCACGACUCAAACUAUGUUUGUAGUUUAUUACAAGCCAAGGACUAGUCAGUUCAUCAUAAGCUUGAACAAAUAUUUGGAGGCUGUUAACAAUAAAUUCACAGUUGGAAUGAGAUUCAAGAUGAGAUUUGAGGGUGAGGAUUCUCCAGAGAGAAGGUUUUCCGGUACAAUAGUCGGGGUGGAAGAUUUCUCGCCUCAAUGGACUGAUUCAAGAUGGCGAUCAUUGAGAGUUCAAUGGGACGAACAUGCAUCCAUCCCAAGACCUGACAGGGUAUCACCCUGGGAAAUUGAACCCUUUGUGGCUUCUGUGCCUGCAAGCAUCCCUCUAUCGACAGCAGUGAAGAGCAAGAGGCCCCGUCCAGAAGUCCCUGCAGAUGCUACUGCUGCGUCUGCUAUCUGGAAUUCUGGAUAUACACUGACCCAUGAUCUGAAACAACUGAGAGUUACUGAUGAGGGAAAAAGUAGUGAUGGUCAUUUUAUGUGGAAUUACAAGAUGGCAGAUAACAGCACUGGCAGUUCUAUAACAAGGGCCCAAACAGAAGGGGGAUGGCUGUCUUCUCCAUGCUUAAGUGUUUCUCAAAAUAUUCUACCCGAUGCAGCGGAUGACAGGAAGAGCAUCUCUGCUUUGCCUGUGCCCUCCAAGCACUCAAUAAUGCAUCCAUCAAGCUUGAAUAAUGAACAGAUGCCCAACCCAGUUGAGGACGGUAAAAAAGUCGAGACAACUUCUAGUUGCCGGCUGUUUGGUAUUGAUCUGAUUAACCACUCUUUAAGUUCACCUCCUUCGGACAAGGCACCUGUUCAAUCUAUGUGUGUAUCAACUGCUACAACUGAAGGACAUGUUCAAACCGCCCUGUCAACAGCUGAUUCUGAUCAGAAAUGUGAUCUUUGGAAGGCUUCUGAGGAAGUAAAACAAGGACAGUUGCAGAAUCUAGGGAGAGAGACGCAGACCAAGCAAAGUUGCUCCACUAGAAGUCGUACAAAGGUUCAAAUGCAAGGAAUGGCCGUAGGUCGUGCCGUGGACUUGACCAUGUUGGAAGGUUACAGUAAACUGAUGGACGAGCUAGAAGAGAUGUUUGACCUCAAAGGACAGCUUCGGCCACGAGAUAAGUGGGAGAUUGUCUUUACUGAUGAUGACGGAGAUAUGAUGCUCAUGGGCGACGAUCCCUGGCCGGAGUUUUGUAACAUGGUGAGAAGGAUUUUCAUAUGCUCGAGCCAGGAUGUGAAGAAAAUGAGCCCCAAAAGCAAGCUCCAUGUGGUACAAGGUGAAGGCACCGUAAUAAGCUCGGACUCAGCAGAUAACUGACUCGACGGAAGGCUCUCUCUCUUUCACUCUCUUUACCUUGUCACUUUCUUUUCUAGUGGUCAUUCCGUUUUGUUGUUCUAUUUGUUCAUACAAAAGGGAGCUGGUUUACAUUUAUUUAGAGGGAUGAUGUUAGUUUGGACAGUAAUGUAACCGGACAUCCGUAGCUCGUUUUUAGGAGCUGCUAACUUCCAAAAUGAACCUCAUUAUGCUAAGUGAGUUCGAGGGCUGGAGGGAGUUAAUGCAUAAGAGUCGAGCACUAGAGUCUGUGAAUACUUUUAAUUUCUCCAUCAGGUGGAGAUUGUCGUGAGGUCUCUGUCUCUUUGUACUUGUAAAUAUGCUCGUGGCAGGACAAUGAUCGUUGUUAGUGACUACAAAGUUUCUAAGUUUAGUUUA